AUGGCUAAGGUGGCAGAAGAACAAGUUGUCCAAUUUUCAUUCGAGGAGGUCCAAUCGACCCGGGUGCGAGCUGCCAGGACCCUUCUUGGCCGCUUGUUCACCAACGAUCCUAUCACUACGAUGGAAGUCCGAGAGGGACUGCUGGAUGCCUGGAAGAUCCGGGGACAUCUUAAGGUCACACGCACAAAACAUGGACUCUUCGAGAUCGUUUUGCCGAACGAGGAGGCUAAGAAGUGGGCCCUCUCUCGGAAUCCUUGGAUCAUAAAGGAUCGGCUGCUUACCCUUCGCCCAUGGGCCCCUGCGAUCCCCAAAGGAAUCUUUGAGGAAAUGGCCAAAGCCCCGUUCCGAGUCCAGUUGUGGGGUGUGCCUGAUGACUGCCGCACCAAAUUAUUCGGCCAGAAAAUGAUGGCUGCAGCAGUUGGCCAAGUUCUGGAAUCCGGGAUCUUCGCUUGUAAGGAGACUGGGGAACACUUUAUAAAAGUUAAUACUGUGAUAGACUUCUCGAAGUCUCUCCGCUCACAAGUGAUGGCAAUCGGUGAUGAUGGUGAAGGCUUUUGGGUUAGGCUAAAAUAUGAAUUCCUGCCGAGCUUUUGCUUCCAUUGCGGCCGGGUUGGCCAUGCUCGUCGGGAUUGUGACUUUGCUUCUCCGCAAGGUCAAGAGCGAUUUGGCCCUCAUAUGGCUACUAAGAGGGUGGGGAGAAAGAUUUAUGAGGAAGAGGAUGAUGCCCGUCCUCUUGGGGGGGCUAGGCGAUCGGUGUGGAUUAAUCGCCAACAUCGCAACCAAUCGGUGGGUGGGAGAAAUGAUGCUGGAGUAGGGGGCCAAAAUUUCGUCCAGAAUGUGGUGAAAGUGGAGCCGCUUGUACCGGCGGAGGAGGCAGGAGGGUCGAGGGCUCUCGGCGAUCAGCCUGCUCACCAGGGACAGGGAUCCGGAAAGAUGCCAAGUGAUCGGGGCAGUCCGAGGGGUUUUCUCCUCAACCGCUCUCCCAAAAUCAGACUGGGGUCCGGCCGCCUGAAGCAGCAGGGAAAGAGAGGGCAAAAGAAGACAGGCGCGGAUGCGGCGGCCUGCUCGCAAUCCGUCGCAGCUCCACGUCCGUGCUCGGUCCCGCCUCCAGGUGGGGAACAACCCAAUGCAAUCUGGGAAGAAACCAGGCGGCGGCGGCUCAUCCUGGACAAUGAUUCGGAUGAUGAUAUGGCAGACGGGAUCCCCAUGGCUGCUCCUGAGGCUCUGUUACAGCCCGAACAGGUGAUGACAUCGGCCGAUCCCGUGGUCUUCUCGUUACCCAAGGAAACUGUGGCGGUGAAGCCGUUGAAGAAGGGGACCAGGCGGGGCAAGCAACAGCCAGUGCAGAAGCCGAGUACAAACCAAGCAGGAGGGGCGGCAAUUGAUGGUGGCCCCCAGCGUGUGUCGUCGGGUGGAAAGCGUACUUUGCGCAAGGGGAAGGCUCGAGCUGCUGAGCAAGUACAGGGGGGCAGAGACUCACCGCAGGGAAAGGCCAACUUGGCUGUUUAUGAGGAUGAUGUUGUCCCAAGUGCUGCUGCUGAAGGCUCUCACCCCAGGAUAGCAAUGGUGAAAACGGGGGAGGGUGCGGUAGUGGCGAGUGGCUCAGAGGAGUCAGGGGAUGACAAUCAUUGUUUUAUAAUAAGAAAGAGAUCCCCAAGGGCAGCUUUGACCAUGGCCGAAGUCUCCACCAAGGGACGAGUUGGCCAAGUGGUGGCAGCCUUUGAGGCAGGCUUAUCUAUUGAGGACGAGAUAGGGGAACCAUCGAUGACCAGCGAGGCAGGUGGGGCUGAUGUCACGGGUGAAAAGAAUUUGACUGGAGUGGAUGCUGCGAUACUGGACGAAUAUGGUUCGAAUUUGCUCAACCCUCCGUCUGGAUUGCAUAAACGACCCUUGGAGGCUGUUGAGGGAGAGAUGGGUGCCCCACCAACGCCAAAAAAACAGUUUGUGGAAAUGGAAGAUGUUACUGAGAAGGUGGAGGAAGCCAGCCUGGAAUGGCCCCAGCCAGUUAAAUGA